UGUCAUAUAGAAGAGGUUCACUACAUAACUGUGACAAAAUACACUAUCUAUGUUAUCAAAUACCUUCUUAAAUUGUCUAAUAAGGUAGACAUACCCUUGACCACGUAGGUGUCAAAUGCCUUAUUUAUACAACGUUAUAGUUAAAGCCUUUUCUAACUCAAAAGGCAGAUUUAAAGGUUAUGUCACAUAACAUAACCUAUACCUAAACUAAACCACUAAACCCUUAAUUAUUUUUUACUGCAAUAAAGAAAUGUCUCUUUUCAAUGUUAAUUUUAUGAAGAAUACAAUGAUAUGCCUCAAUAAAUACAUGUUUACAAAUUUAGGGAGAACUUUUCGUAAAGAGAGCCAUACAUUGCAUAAUUGUAUAGGCCUAGCAGAAUCUUAUGUAGGAAAACUGUGUAAUAGAUUUACCUUCACCCACAGAGACAUUGCAAAUGUCUAUCUUGUAAGAUCACAGUCAACAAAAAUAAACUUUGAUGAACAGAAACUUGAGCGGUUUUUGAAACAUCUUAGUUGGGAUCAGUUAGAAUCAAAAUACAGCAUAAAACUCGACUUAGUACACGAAAAGCUAGUUUUAAACCUACUCAAAGAGAAAGAUAAACUGGAACAGCACGUAUUGGAAUUAGAAACCAUGAAGGAGAAGGAAGCAACUAAAGACAAUAACAGAGAAAUGAUGGAAUUAAUUGAAGGAGAUCUUGUUCAGUACCACACAGAACUUACGGAAAUCUACGAAAAGAUAAUUGAUAUUAUUCUGCCCAGAGGGGAUUUUGAUGACUGUAACGAGAUAUUGCUAGAGAUCUCCGCAGGCGUAGGAGGCAGCGAGGCUCAGCUAUUUGCAGGUGACCUAUUUAACAUGUACGUUAGUUUCCUGCAACGCAAGAGCUGGGAGUUUCAUGUGGCUGAAAAGGACCAAUCAGAUUUAGGUGGAGUGAGACACUGCAGUUUGCUUGUUUCUGGACCCGGAGCUUACAAUACUCUUCAACUUGAGGCCGGAGUUCACAGAGUUCAGAGAGUUCCUGAGACGGAGAAAGGAGGAAGGAUGCACACAAGUACAGUUACUGUGGCUGUGCUGCCUCAACCUGCAGACGUUGACAUACAAUUGAAAGAUGGUGAUUUGAAAAUAGAAACAAAAAGAGCUAGUGGAGCAGGAGGGCAGCAUGUCAACACUACGGACAGUGCAGUACGGGUUACUCACUUACCUACAGGAAUUUCGGUAGAGUGUCAAUCAGAUCGUUUACAAUUUAAAAACAAAGAAACUGCCAUAAAAAAGCUGAAAGCUAAGUUGUACGAGCGAGAAAUCUACAAGGUGGAUUCAAUGCAACGAAAUCAAAGAAAGUCUCAGGUUGGCACCAGUGGUAGAUCCGAGAAAAUCAGAACCUACAACUUCAGAGACGAUCGAAUCUCGGAUCACAGGUUGUCCAUUAACUUGCACAAUAUGAAGGAUUUCCUGCAAGGCGGAGAACAAUUUGAACGACUAUUAGAACAGCUGAUUCGAUGGCACCAUGAGUCGCAGAUCAAAUUGUUUGUUGAUAGUUUACCUAGUUAGUCUUGUGCUGUUUAGCAAUAAUAUAAAUAAAUUGUUAAUUACU